AUUUUUUUAUUUUAUUUUUUAUAUAUAAGAAAAAAAGAAAAAAAAAAAAAAAAAAAAAAAAAGAGAGAGAAAGAAUCGCUUUAGCAGACCUCACAUUUGAAAGAAGAAUAAAUAACAACUUAGUAUGAGGAGCUUGUAUAAUGAUUCAACAACACUACUCCACUAACGGGGUUCUUGAUCACCAAAUUUGCUAACCACCAUGUUUUCAAAUGACGACUCCUAAUCUUUUCUCUGACUGCCUCUGCUAUAAAUACCUCUAAACCCUCUCCUCAAGUUUCUCACUUCAAUACAAAGCCAGCUCGAGAUAUAUUAUACAUUUAGAAAGCCCCAACCAUGGCAACCAUAGUUUCAACACUGAGUUUUGCCCUCCUUAUGCUUUCAAUUUCUUCCGCUGCUUCAAACGCAUUGAGUUUAAAUUACUACGAUGAAACGUGUCCGCAGCUGGAGUACGCAGUGACUAAAGCUGUAAAAAAAGCAAUCUCCAAUGACAAAACAGUUCCUGCGGCCCUGCUUCGCAUGCACUUUCAUGAUUGCUUUAUUAGAGGCUGUGAUGCAUCUGUGCUGCUGGAAUCAAAGGGAAAGAACACGGCCGAAAAAGAUGGGCCUCCUAACAUUUCCUUGCAUGCAUUUUAUGUCAUUGACAAUGCUAAGGAAGCUGUGGAAGCUCUGUGUCCUGGAGUCGUAUCCUGUGCCGAUAUUUUAGCUCUCGCUGCCCGGGAUGCAGUUUCUCUGUCUGGAGGUCCGACGUGGGAGGUUCCAAAAGGACGAAAAGAUGGCAGAUUAUCAAAGGCCAGCGAGACCAGACAAUUACCAGCUCCCACCUUCAACAUCUCUCAGCUACAACAAAACUUUGCCCGGAGAGGCCUUUCAGUAAAAGAUCUAGUGGCACUCUCAGGAGGUCACACCCUUGGAUUUGCUCAUUGCUCAUCAUUCCAGAACAGAAUCCACAACUUCAAUGCCAGACUGGACGUUGACCCGAGCUUGAACCCGACAUUUGCAGCCAGAUUACGCAGAGUUUGUCCGGCUCAUAACAAGGUAAAAAAUGCAGGGUCGGCCCUGGAUUCCACUUCCACUACUUUUGAUAAUGCAUACUUUAAGCUGCUUCUCCAAGGGACGAGUAUAUUUUCUUCUGACCAAGCUCUACUUACUACUCCAAAAACUAAGGCCUUGGUUUCCAAAUUCGCCAGCUCCAAGGGAGUGUUUGAGAAGCAAUUUGUCAAAUCCAUGAUCAAGAUGAGUAGCAUCACCGGUGGUCAGGAAAUUAGACUGGAUUGUAAGGUUGUUAGAUGAUUUUUAUUUGAACGUAUUGGUUUCUGCCAAUUAUUUUUUUCUUCCACUUUAAAGUUUUUGAGGGGGAAUAAAACAUCCAAAUGGACGAGUUCGUGUGCAAUGGUUAUAUAUAUAUAUAUAUAUAUAUAUAGUAUACAUAAUAUGUUGUUUUGGGAUGAAUUGGAGAGGGUAUUAAGGUCCAAGCGUGUAUAAGAAUUCAUAAUUAAUGUAUUGUACGUGAUUUUUUAAAGUCUGGUCGAUUAUCAAUUGGAAAAUGAGUUCAACGACUUCUAAAAGUUUGGGGCUCCUCUGACUAUAAAUCUCUUACCUAUGAAAAAAAAACAAAAAAACCAAGAAACAUUUAUCUUUACCAUAUAAACCAUCCUUUUGGUCUUGGAAUCAUAUAAUCAUGUAAAGUUAUUUUUGGUGUUCAUUUCGAGAAUACUAAAUGAAAUUAAUCUUCUUCCGAGAAAUAAAAUAACAAGAAGAAAAUUCAUCAAUUUUGCCAAAAAAAAGAAGAAAAUUCAUCCAAAAAAAAAAAAAAAAAAGG